CAGCAGAGGGAGGGGAGGAUUCUCAGUCAGUUGUUGUCUGUUGCUGUUGGGGACACAGUGAGUAGGAAAGGUCUGUGUGUGUGCGUGUGUGCAUGUGUGUGUGUGAAAAGUGUGAACUUCCUAAACUAAACCAGACCACUCCACGCUUCUCCGCCUACUUCAGCGAAAAUACUACCCAGUGGGACCAACACCAACAGGGAACGGGGAACGAAUGAUCUAGAUAACAACCUGAGGUCCUCCACUGGAGAAGGUUUGCUGGAAUGGGUAACCUGCUAAAAGUCCUUACAAGAGAAAUAGAGAACUAUCCACACUUUUUCCUGGACUUUGAAAAUGCACAGCCGACAGAAGGCGAGCGUAAGGUGUGGAACCAGUUGAACUCGGUCCUGCAGGACUCUGAGAGCAUCCUGACGGGGCUGCAGGGCUACAAAGGGGCGGGGCAGGAGAUCAGAGAUGCGAUCCAGAAUCCCAAUGACAUGUCGCUGCAGGAGCGAGCCUGGAACUCCGUCUGCCCGCUGGUCAUCAAACUCAAGACGUUCUACAGUUUCUCCCUCAGACUAGAAGAGGCUCUGAAGAGUUUGCUGAAGUCGCUGACUUGCCCGCCCCUCACUCCCACUCAGCAUCUGGAGAGGGAGCAGGCGCUGGCCAAACAGUUCGCUGAGAUCCUCCACUUCACUCUGCGCUUUGACGAGCUCAAGAUGAGGAUUCCUGCCAUCCAGAACGACUUCAGCUACUACAGGAGGACCAUCAGCCGGAACCGAAUAAACAACAUGAAUUUGGACAUUGAAAAUGAAGUCAACAAUGAGAUGGCCAACAGGAUGUCUCUGUUCUACGCUGAGGCCACACCCAUGCUGAAAACACUGAGCACAGCGACGACAAACUUUGUGUCGGAGAACAAAACUCUUCCACUGGAGAACACGACAGAUUGCCUCAGCACCAUGGCCAGCGUGUGUAAGGUCAUGCUGGAGACGCCGGAAUAUUCAAGUCGCUUCAGCAGCAAGGACACACUCUUGUUUUGCAUGAGGGUGAUGGUGGGAGUGAUCAUUCUUUACGACCACGUCCAUCCAAAUGGUGCUUUCACCAAGUCCUCCAAGAUAGAUAUGAAAGGCUGCAUAAAGGUGCUGAAGGACCAGCCGGUCGACAACGUCGAAGGACUCUUGAAUGCUCUCAAAUUCACCACCAAACACCUGAACGAUGAGUCCACUCCAAAAAACAUCCAGUCGAUGCUCCAGUAACAUUUUUUUUCUUUUUAUAAAUAUUGAUAUGAAGAGGAUCAUUCUGCUGACCUCAGACAAGAUGUAAAUGUUUACAUUAUUUAAAAAAAAAAAAGGUUUGUUCAU